AUGGAGCCCUUCCUGCGCAAGCGGCUAACCUUCCUGUCCUUCUUCUGGGAUAAGAUCUGGCCGGCGGCUGAGACGGAGGACAGCAUCCCUGAGCUCCCGGGCCCCGACACCGAGCCGGAGCUCCCCGCUGCCGCGGAGACCCGCAAUGUCCCCGCGCCGCGCGCCCAGCUCUUCCGCGCGCUCUACGACUUCACGGCGCGCUGCGCGGAGGAGCUGAGCGUCAGCCGCGGGGACAGGCUCUACGCCCUCAAGGAGGAGGGCGACUACAUCUUCGCCCGAAGGCUCUCGGGUCCCCCCAGCACCGGGCUGGUGCCCAUCAACUACGUCGCCAAAGCCAACCCUGAGACACACUCAGACCAGCCUUGGUACUUCAGUGGGAUCAGCAGAAUCCAGGCCCAGCAGCUGCUCCUGUCUCCUGCCAAUGCCCCAGGGGCCUUCCUCAUCCGGCCCAGUGAGAGCAGCCUUGGCGGCUACUCACUGUCAGUCCGAACCCAGGCCAAAGUCUGCCACUAUCGCAUCUGCACUGCACCCAGCGGCAGCCUCUACUUGCAGGAGGGCCGGCUCUUCCCCAACCUAGAGGCCCUGCUCACUUACUACAAGGCCAACUGGAAGCUAAUCCAAACUCCCCUGUUGCAGCCCUGUGCAUCCCAGCUCCCAGCACAGGACGAGUGGGAGCGACCACGCUCCGAAUUUGCCCUUCGGAGGAAGCUGGGUGAAGGCUACUUCGGGGAGGUGUGGGAAGGUCUAUGGCUGGGCUCCAUUCCCGUUGCAGUCAAGGUCAUCAAGUCAGCCGACAUGAAGCUGGCCGACCUUGCCAAGGAGAUAGAGGCACUGAAGAGCCUGAGGCACGAGAGACUCAUCCGGCUGCACGCAGUGUGCUCCUCCGGGGAGCCUGUGUACAUUGUUACUGAGCUCAUGGGCAAGGGCAACCUGCAGGCCUACCUGGGCAGCCCUGAGGGCCAGGCCCUGAGCCCACCUCUCCUGCUGGGCUUCGCCUGCCAGGUGGCUGAGGGCAUGAGCUACCUGGAGGAGCGGCGUGUGGUCCACCGGGACCUGGCUGCCAGGAAUGUGCUUGUGGGUGAUGACCUCACCUGCAAGGUGGCUGACUUCGGUCUCGCCCGGCUGCUCAAGGAUGAUGUCUACUCCCCGAGCAGUGGCUCCAAGAUCCCCGUGAAGUGGACGGCACCUGAGGCAGCCAAUUACCGUAUCUUCUCCCAGAAGUCGGAUGUCUGGUCCUUCGGCAUCCUGCUGUACGAGGUCUUUGCGUAUGGUCAGUGUCCCUACGAAGGGAUGAGCAACCACGAGACCCUACAGCAGAUCAGCCGGGGGUACCGGCUGCCGCGCCCCGCUGCUUGCCCCGCAGAGGUCUACAUGCUCAUGUUGGAUUGCUGGAAGGGCAGCCCAGAGGAGCGGCCCACCUUCGCUACGCUGCGGGAGAAGCUAGGAGUCAUCCACAGGCGUCUCCACCUGGGCCUCACAUGA